CGCCCCCCGCUGCCUCUUGGGCUGCGCCGCCUCGCGGGGAUGAAGCACCGGCCGUGAAGAUGGAGGUGACCUGCCUUCUACUUCUGGCGCUGAUCCCCUUCCACUGCCGGGGACAAGGAGUCUACGCUCCAGCCCAGGCCCAGAUCGUGCACGCGGGCCAGGCGUGUGUGGUGAAGGAGGACAACGUCAGCGAGCGAGUCUACACCAUCCGGGAGGGGGACACCCUCGUGCUGCAGUGCCUGGUCACGGGACACCCCCGGCCCCAGGUGCGGUGGACCAAGACCGCGGGCAGCGCGUCCGACAAGUUCCAGGAGACGUCGGUGUUCAACGAGACCCUGCGCAUCGAGCGCAUCGCGCGCACGCAGGGUGGUCGCUACUACUGCAAGGCGGAGAACGGCGUGGGCGUGCCGGCCAUCAAGUCCAUCCGCGUGGACGUGCAGUACCUGGACGAGCCAGUGCUGACGGUGCAUCAGACCGUGAGUGACGUGCGAGGCAACUUCUACCAGGAGAAGACGGUGUUCCUGCGCUGCACGGUCAACUCCAACCCGCCCGCCCGCUUCAUCUGGAAGCGGGGCUCGGACACCCUGUCCCACAGCCAGGACAACGGGGUGGACAUCUAUGAGCCCCUCUACACCCAGGGGGAGACCAAGGUCCUGAAGCUGAAGAACCUGCGGCCCCAGGACUAUGCCAGCUACACCUGCCAGGUGUCUGUACGUAACGUGUGUGGCAUCCCAGACAAGGCCAUCACCUUCCGGCUCACCAACACCACGGCACCGCCAGCCCUCAAGUUGUCUGUGAACGAAACUCUGGUGGUGAACCCUGGGGAGAACGUGACGGUGCAGUGUCUGCUGACAGGCGGGGACCCCCUGCCCCAGCUGCAGUGGUCCCACGGGCCUGGCCCACUGCCCCUGGGUGCUCUGGCCCAGGGUGGCACCCUCAGCAUCCCGUCAGCGCAGGCCCGGGACUCCGGCUACUACAACUGCACAGCCACCAACAACGUGGGCAACCCUGCCAAGAAGACCGUCAACCUGCUGGUGCGAUCCAUGAAGAACGCCACCUUCCAGAUCACCCCCGACGUGAUCAAGGAGAGCGAGAACAUCCAGCUGGGACAGGACCUGAAGCUGUCCUGCCACGUGGAUGCAGUGCCCCAGGAGAAGGUGACCUACCAGUGGUUCAAGAACGGCAAGCCAGCACGCAUGUCCAAGAGGCUGCUGGUGACCCGCAAUGACCCCGAGUUGCCUGCCGUCACCAGCAGCCUGGAGCUCAUCGACCUGCACUUCAGCGACUACGGCACCUACCUGUGCAUGGCCUCCUUCCCCGGGGCGCCGGUGCCCGACCUCAGCGUGGAGGUCAACAUCUCCUCUGAGACAGUGCCGCCCACCAUCAGCGUGCCCAAGGGCAGGGCGGUGGUGACCGUGCGCGAGGGCUCCCCCGCGGAGCUCCAAUGCGAGGUGCGAGGCAAGCCCCGGCCGCCCGUGCUCUGGUCCCGCGUGGACAAGGAGGCUGCCCUGCUGCCCUCGGGGCUGCCCCUGGAGGAGACCGCCGAUGGGAAGCUGCGGCUGGAGCGCGUGAGCCGGGACAUGAGCGGGACCUACCGCUGCCAGACUGCUCGCUACAAUGGCUUCAACGUGCGCCCUCGCGAGGCCCAGGUGCAGCUGAACGUGCAGUUCCCCCCGGAGGUGGAGCCCACUUCCCAGGACGUGCGCCAGGCCCUGGGCCGCCCCGUGCUCCUGCGCUGCUCGCUACUUCGAGGCAGCCCCCAGCGCAUCGCCUCGGCCGUGUGGCGCUUCAAAGGGCAGCUGCUGCCGCCGCCGGCCGUCCUCCCCGCCGCCGCGGAGGCCCCGGACCACGCCGAGCUGCGCCUGGACGCCGUAACCCGUGAAAGCAGCGGCAGCUACGAGUGCAGCGUCUCCAACGACGUGGGUUCGGCGGCCUGCCUCUUCCAGGUCUCGGCCAAAGCCUACAGCCCGGAGUUUUACUUCGACACCCCCAACCCCACCCGCAGCCACAAGCUGUCCAAGAACUACUCCUACGUACUGCAGUGGACGCAGAGGGAGCCGGACGCUGUUGACCCUGUGCUCAACUACAGACUCAGUGUCCGCCAGUUGAACCAGCACAAUGCCAUGGUCAAGGCCAUCCCUGUGCGGCGUGUGGAGAAGGGGCAGCUGCUGGAAUAUCUCCUGACUGAUCUCCGUGUGCCCCACAGCUAUGAAGUCCGCCUCACGCCCUAUACCACCUUUGGGGCUGGUGACAUGGCUUCCCGCAUCAUCCACUACACAGAGCCCAUCAACUCUCCGAACCUUUCAGAUAACACCUGCCACUUCGAGGACGAGAAGAUCUGUGGCUACACCCAGGACCUGACAGACAACUUUGACUGGACGCGGCAGAACGCUCUCACCCAGAACCCCAAGCGCUCCCCCAAUACCGGCCCCCCCACUGACAUCAGUGGCACCCCUGAGGGCUACUACAUGUUUAUUGAGACCUCGAGGCCCCGGGAGCUGGGGGACCGUGCGAGGCUGGUGAGUCCCCUGUACAACGCCAGUGCCAAGUUCUACUGCGUGUCUUUCUUCUACCACAUGUACGGGAAGCACAUCGGCUCCCUCAACCUCCUUGUGCGGUCCCGGAACAAAGGGGCUCUGGACACACACGCCUGGUCCCUCAGUGGCAAUAAGGGCAACGUGUGGCAGCAGGCACAUGUGCCCAUCAACCCCAGUGGGCCCUUCCAGAUUAUUUUUGAGGGGGUUCGAGGCUCCGGCUACCUGGGGGAUAUUGCCAUAGAUGACGUCACACUGAAGAAAGGAGAGUGUCCCCGGAAGCAGAUGGAUCCCAAUAAAGUGGUGGUGAUGCCGGGCAGCAGAGCUCCCCACGGGUCCAGCCCACAGCUCUGGGGGCCCGUGGUCCUCUUCCUGUUGGCGAUGCAGAGAUGAUGAGAGCUGCGUGGCCCCCACCCCGCCCCCGGCACACCAAAGUGUCCACAUCGUACCAAAGACUGACCCCCGCCCGCCGGGGUGCCCAGGGGAAGGGCCGGCUCGCCAGGGAGGGGGCCUGCGUUGGCUGCGAGGACGAACAGAAAACAAGGACCUGAGGCCCGGCGCUGAGGCCCUGGAGACGCUGUUCGACACACGCACACACUCACACGUUCACACUCACACACAGAGAUCUAUUAAAGCACAAGUUUCUAUCAGACCUGCCAGCACCUUCUCUAUGCGGAGACAGGGGACUUGCCCAAAUGGCGUCCGCCACCCCAGGGACCGCGGCGCGACGCUGGCCUUGUCCUGGCUACACUUGUGGUGUGUUUCUGACCCUCCCUGCUGUCCCCCAACUCAAGGCCGGACUCCAGCCUGGUGGCUUUGCCAGAAGAGUGGGCGGACAGGGAGCCCUGCCCUUGGCCAGACUCUGGGACUCCUCAGGACGGAGGAGGCAGGGGUCAGAGGAGGGCCAGGUGGGACUUGGUGAGCUUCGUGACUAUCCUUGGCCCAGAAGAAGACAGAGAAGGUGGGGCACCUGCUGCCCGCAACUGUUCUCAGAGUCGGGGCUGGAAGGGGGAGACCCCAGUCAGUCACCCCAGGUCCUGACCUGUUUCUGGGACGUCAUAUCCCCUCCUCACUGUGCCCCCAUGGAAGGGACCCAGCAGGGGGUCUUGGGCCUGCACAGUGUGGAGACUGACACCUUCCCCACCCCACCCCCACCCCCACCCCCACCAGCAACUGGACUCCUGAGAGCACAGUCCCCACCUAACCUCAGCCCCAGCUGGGACUCAGACGGGGGCGCGGCAGAGGAGAAGCCUGCCUUGGUGGUUCCAUGGCCCCGUCGAGGCCACCGAAAGUGGGAGCAGAGCCUCGUCUCUGAUGUGUUUGGUCCGAUAGGGUGCUGCGGCCAGGGGCGGGCAUGAAGGGCAGAGCCCUACAGAGCCCUGUCCAGUGGGCCAUGCCCCCCUCCCCACAGGGUCGGCCAAGGACGAUAAGUUUGUAGGGGUGGGGGUGAGACGGGUGGGGUAAUUCCAGUCCCUUUGUCCCCUGGGAGCUGUGAAAGGAAUUCCUGUCCCUAGGUCCUGGAUUGGAGCUUGAGAUGGACAGAAGAGUUUCUAGAUCUCUCCUCCCCAACACCACCCUGAGCUGCCCACUUAGCCCUCCACGGGAGAGAGGAGCCCCAGCCCCUUCCAGGAUGAGUCGUGUGUGUCCGUGCUUGUGUGUGUGCGCAUGUGUGUGUGUGUGUGUAUGUGUGUGCGCACACGCCCACACCAUUGUGGGCACAUGUCUGGGCAGGAGUAUAUGCAGAAGGAGUGUGUGUGUGCGGUUUUCCAGGCGGGUUCUGGCCUGUCUCUGAGUGCCCGUGCACGUCAUCCCGGUGACAUGUAUGUCAUGUCCCCUGCUUCCAGUCCUAUGGGUAGUCUAGAGCGGCUGUUACCAGAGCCCCGAACCCCACCUUUCCCUCCUAUGGAUGAUGGAGCUUCCCAGGUGACCCUAGUGAAUGCGAGCACCUUCGGGGAGGGUGUCAUGAGCUGCUCCUGGAGCAUUUGGUGGGGACAGCUGCAAAGAGAGAGCCUGGAUACUGGGCAGCACUGCCGUGCCAGGAGCAGGCGGGGACCACGGCCAAUGCUGCUGGGCUCCGGCUCUGUCAGGCCUCUGUUAUCAUCAUCACCAACAGCUGGUGGGUGGCCCGGCCAGGCUGCAGCGGGGCCUCCUGAUGCCGACCAGCGCGGCUGCCUUCCUCGCCCGCCCAAGGCCUCCGUCUGAAGUGAGCCGUUCCAGGUUCCCAGCACACGCUUCCAUCACGUCUGCCGGGUAUUGUUCCUUAAUUGUCCCAUCUGUGCAGAAUCUGUCGCCCCGACUAGACUGUGAGCUCCUCCUCUGAGCCUCCUGACCCCUCUCCCCGCCCCUGCUCCUGCCUGGCACAAGCCAGCCAGGGAUGGGAAGCACUUCCACAGGCUCUGCCUGGCGCAAUGGAGUCCACCAACCCUGGCGCCAGCCCUGGCUGCAGCGUAACCACCAGAGGGUCUUUUCAAAAGCUCUGGUGCUAGGUCCCCACUCAGAGGUUCUGAUUUAAUGGAGCUGGAGGGCACCUGGCACCAGAACCCAAGGGAGGGAACUGAGGGCCUCUCACCUUCCAGAGGCUUCCUCGGUGCCCUUGCUGGGGUCCAUGCUGGAGCCCCAAGAGUUUCCUCCUGGAAUCUCCGAGAGCCCCAGACCUGUCCCCCUCAGCCUUGUUCCCUGCCCUGGCUGCUCCAUGACGGGGACCUCUGUAUCCAUAGAGCCCGAUACAGAGAAGCUGCUGGCAGGCUUUGGCUGUGUGUCGCCACUGUCCUGGUCUGUUUGGAGAGAGGAGACCUUCUAAGAAGGUGGGGCAGCCCUGCUUGGAGGGUGCCCCACCUGGGGUUACCCAGCCCAUCUGCUGAGGCACCCAGGUCCUUGGGUGAGCGGGUGAGGCUGACGUGUGUCUGUGUGCACGGGCCAGCAGGUGCGGGCAGUGGGUGGUGGUGUGUGCUCGCCAUGCCCGAGUCCAGGAGCGGGCCAGUCUGUGUGUGCUGGUGAAUCUGCAAAGAAUGAGUGUUUUUGUGUGUCUCUGGGUGUAUCUCUGGGUGACUUGUGUGUCAAUGUUUGUGUGUCUGUGUGAAGUGGAUCUGUAUAAAUGUCACUUAUGCUGUGUGUCUUUGUGAAUCUCUGUGUCCGUGUCAUGGUAGGUGGCCCAGGAAUACCCCGGGCCCUGGGGAGACCAGGCUGGCUGGGUCCAGUGCCUCUCCCCAGGGGCAGCCUCGCCCUCUGGGUCAGGGUGACUGAGGCAUAUUGUGGCCUUAAAGUGGGGACUCCAGAGUCAACCCUCAGGGUGUUGGGACUUCCUCCCCUCUCCCCUCCAGGUUGGUGUCUAGAGGAGAAAGGGACUCCCAGGACAAGAUGCUGAGGGACAGUGGAUGGAGAGUCUUGCCUGGCUGUCCCGCUGCUGGGACCACAGACAGCUCCUGGGGUGCUGCUUAGCGCACCCAGCCUGCUCCGGGAACGCUCCUGUCCCCUUUGUCCUCUGGGACGGGUCUGGCACCACUUUCCCAUUCAUUCUCUUUCCCCUGUGCUCUGAAAGCCACCGCUCAGGCCACAGAGCCAGACGGGCCUCCGAAGUCCAAGCCCCUCAGGGCACAAAUGAAGAAGCUAAGCCCAGAGAGGGGCCUAAGGUCACACAGCCAGUCUGGGUAGAGCCAGCCUUGGAAAUCAGGCACUAAGUCCUGGGUGUCACCAUCUGGGCAUUGCUGCUGCUGGGACUUCCUGUCCGGAUAGCUCUGGGGAGCUGGGACAAAUGGCCCUGUCUCUAGAGUGCCACAGAUGUCCCUAGCCCUGUUACAGAGUUGCUGGACUCCUGCUCUGGCUAUAGCCCCUCCCCCUCCCGCAUCAUGGAAGGCCUGGUGCCUGGGGGAGGCUGGCAUCCUUUGCCCACAGAGGUCAUUGCUGCUGGCCUCCUCCAGGCUCCCCAAUAGAAGAGUCUCUGUUUCCCCUUCCCUCCCUUUGUCUUCACCAGAGCCUGGGCUAGGACAAAGGUCAGCAUGUUCUCAUGUCCUCAUCCUCUCGACUUCCCCCUAAGGAUCUGGAGGGCAGGAUUCUGGGGUUUCCUCUCCCUGGACAGCUCAAGGAGGCUGGAGGGGAGGGUGUUUCAGGGUCUGUUCCAGGAACCUGAGGGUGGACCUGCUGUGGACAGUCCCUGUAGGAACACUGGUUCUGGGUUCAGGGGAGCCCUCCCUGCUUCCAGGGAAGCCCCUCUCCUCUAUUGUCUGUAUGUGUGUGCGUGCAUGUGUGUGUGUAUGUGUGUGUGUUGGGGCGGGACCACUCUUUCCUGGGGUACUCCUGACCCUUAGAACUGGGAGAGACCUUAGUGAUCCAGUAUCCCCACUGUACAGGUGAGACGCCGAGAUCCAGAGGGAUGGCAUUUGCCUGUGCCCACCCCUUCCCCCAGGAUGCCUGUGUUAACUUCCCAGGGCCCACGGGGAAAGACCCCCUCCCUCCACCUCCCCUCCCUCCACCUCCCCUCCCUCCACCUCCCCUCCCUCCUCCCAGCUGCCCACAUAAUCCCCAUCUCAGCCCAACUCUGCCGGCCCCUCUGCUCCAGUGGUCUCCAAGCAUCCUACCUGUCCCAGGAUGGCCAGCUCACCAAGGCCCUUAUCCCCAUUCCGGAAGGGACAAGGAAGGAAGAGACUGCUCCAACCUUGAGGCCUCAAAGACUUGGGAGAAAAGCCAAAACCCCUCAUGCCCAGGCCCAAGCGUCUGACCCAAGCCCACCCUCACACCAACGUAAAAGCACAACAGGAGACCCCUUAUCCACGGGUGAAAUGUAUUGGGGUUGUUUUUUUAGUCACACGACCCCGUCCUCACCCCUUUGCCUUGCUCUCCGUCUCCACCCCAGCCUCUGUUCUCCAUUUGCCCCUCUUUGAUCCCCGAGCCCCCCAAUGUAACCUCUAGUUGCGGACGCGGUUGUUUCAAUCAAUAAAGCUGCAGUGUUCCAAC